AUGCAAUCCCUGCAAGCUCCCACGCUCGCGCUCGGCGUCUCCGAGGGUGCCAAGCGCCGCGCCGUCGCCGGCUCGCGCCUCGCCCGGCCCGUCUCCGUGAGGCAUCAUCGUCGGGUCGCAAUUCGUAACAACGCCGUUUUCGCCGACGCCGACCAGGCCCAACGGUGGAUCGACGCGUGGAAAGCCCGGCUCAACGCCCCCAGGGUCGUGGGAGUCGGCAGCGCCGGAGUGGACUACCUCGCGUCCGUCGCGGCCUUCCCCGAGCCCGACCAGAAGCUCCGCACCGACGCCUUCGAAACUCAGGGUGGCGGAAACUGCGGCAACGCCCUCACCGCGGUCGCCAGGCUCGGCCUGAGGCCAUCCAUCCUCACGAAACUCUCCGACGACGGGGCGGGCAAGGCCAUCCUGGACGAGCUCCGCGACGACGGCGUGGACACCGCGCACGUCGUCAUCGAGCCCGGCAAGAGCUCCCCGUUCACGUACAUAAUCGUCGAUCGCGAGGGAUCCACCCGUACCUGCAUUCACACCCCGGGGCCCGAGUUCACCCCGAAGGAGAUGCCGCUCGCCGCCAUCGAGCGCCUCCUCGACGGCGCUUCGCUGUGCUAUUUCGACGGCAGGCUCACCGAGGUGGCCAUCGAGGUGGCCAAGGUGGCCAAGGCGCGCGGCGUGCCCGUGCUCGUGGAGGGCGAGCGCCUGCGCGAUAAUCUCCCGGCGCUGCUCGCCUUGGGAGACUAUGUCUGCACCAGCGCCAACUACCCACAGGACUCGAAUCCGGACGCGCCGGGCUUCGAGGCGGCGAUGGUGGCGAUGGCGUCCAAGCUCCCGGCCGCCAAGGCGAUCGUCACGACCCUCGGAUCCCGCGGCGCGGUCUGCCUCGUUCGCGCGCCCGCCCAAGCCGGGAAGGCGCCUUCGAGGGCCGAGUCCCUGGCCGACGUCGUGUCGAAACUCGAGAAGGACGCGGCGGUUGGUAUGCCCGCCGGCUCCAGGGGCGUGCCGGUCCCCGCGUGGCCCGUGGUCUCCGACGCGGUCGUGUUGACGGACGCGGGCGACGAGGCGGCCGCGGCGCUCGGGGCGGUGGAGGUUAUCUUCGCGCCGGCGGUGAAGCUGCAAAAAUCGUCGGUGGUGGACACGACGGGAGCCGGGGACGCGUUCAUCGGGUCGAUGUGCUACGGCGUCGCGACGGGGAUGGAGCUGAAGGACGCCAUGCGACUGGGCGCGUACGUCGCGGCGAAAAAGUGCGGUUCGCUCGGGGCGAGGCCGGGUCUGCCGGACAUCUCGGAGGUGCCCGAGGCUGUGUUCCAGGGCAAGGAGAAGCCGAAGGUUGCCGCCGCCGCGGUGAACAAGACCGCGUCGAGGCCGCCGGCUGUGCGGAAGGCGAAGGCGCCGCGGGAGAUGACCGACAUCGACAAGGAGUUUGCGGACGGGACGAGGAAGUCGAUCGCGCCGGGUCUGAGCAAGUGGAUGCUGAAGUUGGGACGCAGGUAUCAGUGA